AGGAGAGUGUGAUAGUGAUGAAGAGAUUAAUACUUUUCCCUCCUUAAGAAAAGGUGGCAAUUGGGAGGCUGGGUCCAGGCUUAUGAGGGUAGGGAGGGCAGGGAUAAGACCCAGGCACGUGGGGAACACGAGAAGGAACAGCCAGACUACACUGAGGAACAGUUUGGGGAAUUCAUCCACAGAAAUUUGGUUAGGGAGAAAACUAUGUUUUUUGAUAUUUUUAGUACUUUGGCUCCUUGGCUUGGAUUGAAGAGGGAGUAAAGGAAAAGUAUAGAAAUAAACCAUAAGAACUAGAGUGGAGGAAUAUGGGAUGGUUUCAUGCUGUCUUUUUCGAUUCUUUUCAGCCUCACUGAGCCUUUUUCAAGUGUGCGUCUGAGUCUGCAUGUCUAUGAAAUGCUCAUGUCUCUGAUUCUAGAAAGACACACUUUUCACUGGUAUCUAGGAGACCCGCUUCCCAGUGAUAAGAAAAGAGAUGGAAUAUGAUCUGCAGGAUGGAAGUGGCGACCAGUGAGCCAGUUCGUUGAAGCGAACCAUGGCUGCAAUAAGGAGUUCCAAGGCACACCCGUCCCCAAGCAAGGAUUCCACACAGGGACAGAAAUCAGCCCUGCACAACAAUGGCCCUGACUAUGAAGCUUCCCGCCAGCGCUUCCGGCAGUUCUGCUACCAGGAGGUAGCUAGUCCACAUGAAGCUUUUAGCAAACUCUGGGAACUCUGUUGUCAGUGGCUGAGGCCUAAGACACACUCAAAAGAGCAAAUCCUGGAGCUGCUGGUUUUGGAGCAGUUUCUGACCAUCUUGCCAGAAAAGAUCCAGAGCUGGGUGAGGGAGCAGUGUCCAGAAAAUGGUGACGAAGCUGUGGCUCUGGUUGAGGAUGUACAGAGAGCACCUGGGCAGCAGGUCCCGGAAUCUGGGAAGGACUUGAAAAUGCCCAUCGAGGAGACGGCCUCCUUGGGAGCAGCCAGAGAAUCACUGAGAUCCCACCUGAAACAGGGGGUUCAUCCAGAAGAAUGGACUGUGAAGGGGUCACGGAGCUCACCCCAGAGACCGUGGGGACAGUCAGAAGCCUGGCUUACUCUGCAGGCUCCCAGGAACCUUCCUCAGAGGAGGGGUCUUAGAGACCAGGAGACAGGUGCUGUGCUCCACAUAGCUGGGGCCCAGGGAGGAGCCACGUGUGAGGAAAGAGCCAUAUCCUUCUGUCAGGAAGGGCAGAUACACGUGGGCCCUGAACAGAGGGCCCUCUACAGGGAUGUUACACAGAAGAGGGAUCACCAUUGUCUCCUGGCAGCAAGUGUGCCCUGGGGCUAUGAAGAGACCACAACACUCCUGGCCAUUCUCAGUAAUUCUCAGUUUUAUGAAAAACUCCAGACCCAUCAGCAGAACAGCCAGAUCUCCAGGGCCUUGGUGGAACAACUCUAGGAGCAAAGCUUUCUGCAGACCCCAGAGCAGCAUCGCGCCAAGUUCAAAAGCCUGCAGUUGAUCCACAACAUGAGGAGAGGCUAUGUGCCUGAGCCUUGUAUCUUUUACGAGGAAACUGAUGCCCUUUCCAGCCCCUGGGCCUCUGUACCUACUAUGGCAAGCAGUGCUGUUCCUGGCCAAAAGGGAAGUGAGGCUAGAGAGCUGAGUCAGCAGAAUGGAGGGCCAACAGAGGCUGGAGAAGGUACCACCGUGAAUGGUGAGGACUGGGAGGAAGAGGAUUUCAGGGAUCGUGGCCAGGCGGUUAGGAGGGUUGGCCUGCCAGACCUGUUCCCAAACAAACGUGGUAUUGAGAUCAAGAGCGGGAUUACAAAAGAGAAUUGGAAAUGGGAUGAUACAGAGGAAGCAGAAAUGAACAAGCCUUUUCAGAGAAAUUCCAGUGAAGUCUUUUGGCACUCUGAGCUAAAAAGAGGCUGGGCGGGUGUUCCAGUGUCAAGAAGACAACCAAGAUGUUCUCCAGGAGAGAGUGAGGAGAAACCCCCAUCCCAGAAGAGGAUGAGUCACCAGAGACUUCGUACUGGGGAAAAGGCCUGUACACAUUUCCUGUGUGGGAGAAACUGCUCUCAGAGUUCUCCCUCUCACCACCAGCCAGUCCCCAAAGUGGAAAAAGCUUCUAAAUGUCACGAAUGUGGGAAAAGCUUUAGCCGAAGUUCUUAUCUUGUUCGACACCAGAGAAUCCACACAGGAGAGAAGCCUCACAAGUGCAGUGAGUGUGGGAAAGGCUUCAGUGAGCGCUCCAACCUCACUGCCCACCUGAGAACUCACACAGGGGAGAGACCCUACCAGUGUGGGGAAUGUGGGAAAAGCUUCAACCAGAGCUCCAGCCUCAUUGUCCACCAGAGGACCCACACGGGGGAGAAGCCUUAUCAGUGCACUGUCUGUGCAAAGAGAUUCAACAACAGCUCCCAGUUCAGCGCUCACCGGCGAGUCCACACUGGGGAGAGCCCAUACAAGUGUGGGCAGUGUGGGAAAAGCUUCAACAACAGCUCCCACUUGAGUGCCCACCAGAAAACCCACACGGGAAAGCCUUACCAGUGCUCUCAGUGUGAGAAAAUCUUCACUAAGAACCGUGCCCUCAUCCACCAUCAGGGGGUGCACACAGAAGAAGUUCCCAUAUCCCAGGAAGGAAGGCAUGUGCUAUGAGUGUGGAAGAAACCCGACGGGUCAAUUCCUUACAUCAACACGUGUUUCUCGGUGCUUCCUUCUGCUUGUAGAGAGUUCUACUGGGCAAUCCCCAGCUUAGCUAGAGGUUUAUUGACAACCAGAUCUUAAGAACCACGUCCAGCAAGAGGAAUCAGGGUAAGAAUGCUGAACUCUUUCUGGCUCUGCCUGGGACUCCUGGGUCCUGUCUCAUUGUCGAUUUCAAUUCUGUUUGAAGGGAACAAGGCUACAGGAUCCAUAAGUCCUGCCAGGAAACCUGGGUAUGACUGUUCCCAACAGAGAAUGGGGGCGCUAGUGGCCUCAGCAGUGUUUCUGGGCCACAUUAGAGAAGAAAUUCUCCACCCUCAUGGGAGGCAUAUCUAGAAGUUAACAGCCUGGAUGUAUACUAAACCAACAACUGACCUCUGGCACCUAGUGUUAGGUACUACUGCUAACUUCAGAGCAGAUCACUACUUUGUAAUCCAGCCACCACCAAAGAAAGAACAAAUGAAAGGAAGGAGAGGUUAAGCCACUGGGCAGUAUUAAAUCUGUUUCCCUUGGUGACAUAAUCUCAGAGCAAGGGUAACAUCUAGGUUAAUCUUUGUAAGAUUCCUCAUUUUACCAUCACCUCCACCCUAGUUCCUGGUUUACUGUCUCUUACAGUUAACACCUUCUACAAGCUUAUAACCAUUACCACUUAUGUUGACAAUAAAGGUGUUUCUCCCUCUACUUCUUUGGCCUUUGGUUGUAAUUUUCUCCAUUAGAAACUUUAUUCUCAUGCAGAAGCCUGCACGGUCCUCAAGAGGAUCCAAGGGUAGAACCUGCUUCAGGACAGUAGGACAUGCAGAGAAGGAAUAAGGGGCAGGAAAUGGGGAGAGAAGGAAUACAGUUGGGUUGGGGAGUAAGGAAAACACAGGGGCUGCAGGCGGCUCUGACUACAGGUGAAAAGAAGGGUGGGUGUGAAAAGCAUGAAGAGCCAAAAUUAAAGCUUACUGAUCCAGAACAAGGCAUAGAUGUUUAAGCUUUUGUGAAAUCUCUAUGAUAAAAUAUGAUGAAAGAUGGAUAAGUUGUCCAUGGUUCUUGAUCUGUGCAUGCAAGUUGUCAGUACCUUGCCUAAGCUUUGUUGAAAAGCAAGUGUCAUGGUCUCUGCUUUAAGCCUUCUUGAGGAAUUACAGAUGAGCAAAGGAGAAUGUAUACUCUACCUCAAAGCCAAAAAAAAUUUUUUUUUAAUUUAGAAAAGGAGAAGCAAAGGCAGGACAGAAAAGUAUACUUCAUUGUUUCCUCAGCUUGAGUCUCGCUUGGCCCAUCCCACAGUUCUCUGCAUACACAGUACCUGAACGUGGCCCAGUGGACAAGCUAUGCAGGCCAGCUCCCAGAGUCACAUACUUACCUCUGCUCUACAGAGAGGGGGGAAAAAAUGAUACCUUAGGAAAGCUCAGGCAAAGGCAAAGAGAUGGGCUUGAAUGUGACCUGUUGGGGGACAGCCUGACUUCACUAGAGACCAUGGUGGGGAAGAGGGGGACAGCCCGGGGUGGAUCAACUACUGAAGGGCUUUGUACACCAGCUCAAAGAAGCUGGCUUUGACAAGUGAGGAGAGCCAGUGGAAGUCAAUGGAAUCACUAAGGAAGCGCAGGUACCCAGGCCUCACAGGCAGGCUCCUCCCACUCCUGGGUCUGUGGUAACCAGGGAAACUGGGAUGCAACUGUUGAACUCCUUGCAUUCUUAGAUUGCCUCCACCAUCCAAAUUGCUUUAUCCU